CACUAUUAUUAUUGCUCUUAUCAUUAUUAUUGUGUUAUUAUUACAAUCUAGCUUGUUAUGAUAAUUAGUAGUUAUUAUCAGUUAAUAUUGUGGGUAUGAAAAAUGUAUUUAAGGUUUUGUUAAUGAUAUUUUUGAGCAGUCUUUCGACUGUGAGUGAAUCAUAAUAAUAGCCAAGUCCACGGAGCUUCAAAUCCUUUACUACAUAUUUGGCGACGAGGGCCUGUUUCGAACUACACGCGGCAGGACAUUACGGAUAGUCUUGGCACAGGAUGGCAGUGGCAUCGAGCGCUCUGGAGCCUUUUGAUGCAAAGCGACACAGUUUUCCUAAAUAUGUUCAACGGAUUAAGCUGUAUUUUGAGGCAAACAGUAUACCUGCUGGGAAACAGAAAUCCGUUUUCUUGUCCGCCCUGGGCUAUGAUACAUUUGAAGUAUUAUCUAACAUGGUGUCGGCGGAGGAGCUUAAUAGCAAGUCAUUGGACGACUUGGUUACACUUCUCACAAACCAUUUCCACCCCAAGGCAUCACUAGUAGCUGAACGAUACAAGUUCGGGUGCCGUCGGCAAGGAGAUAGCGAAACCAUUACAGAUUAUGUGGCAGAUUUGAGGAGACUUGCCCAGAGGUGCAACUUUAAGGAGGCUACUUUAGAUGAGACGUUGAGAGAUAGAUUUAUAUGUGGCCUUGCUCAAGAAUACAUCCGCAGUAGACUCCUGACUGAGCCAGAUGAUCUCAAGUUCAACAAAGCAGUGGACUUAGCCACUAUGAUGGAAGAGGCUAGAAGGAGUGCUCAACUCAUGCAGGAGCGCAGCUCAACUAAAGCUGCCGAAUCACAUGAUGUCCACCAGACCAACAUGAGGGACACACGUAAGUCAAUCACACAGACACAGGAGCAUGUAAUAUGUUACAGGUGUGGGGGUGCUCAUUUUGCACAUAAAUGUCGUUUCAUUAAAGAAAAGUGCCGGGCAUGUGGUAAAAUUGGCCACAUUGCUCGUGUGUGUAGAUCUAAAACAGCUGGUAAAGGACCUGCGAGAGAACCUUUCAAAAGAGAUGUACGCACUAAUGCCAUUGAUGACAAUGCCACAGAUGAGGAAUCAGAAGAGGAGUCGUACCCUGUGUAUACACUGCCAUCUUCAAAAGUAGCUCCUAUAAAAGUGCAAAUUGUGGCAAAUGGUCAUAACAUGGAAAUGGAGUUGGAUACAGGUGCUGCUGUGUCUCUCAUUAGUGAGUCCACCUUCAAUAGAAUUUUUAAAGGGGAAGUUGAAUUGAAGCCAUCCAGUGUGGUUUUGAGGUCAUAUUCUGGCCACAAGUUAGAUGUGCUAGGUGUGAUAGACCUUGUAAUAACCCACAACACACAAACAGCCAGCCUCCCUUUAGUAGUGGUUGCAGGGGAUGGUCCUAGUUUGCUGGGCAGAAAUUGGUUGCACCUACUUAAGUUGGAUUGGGGAGCUAUAAAGAACAUACAAAGCAAAUCAGCCUUAGCAGAACUCAUCAAGAAGCAUACCCCUUUAUUCCGAUCUCAACUAGGCAAACUCAAAGGGGCUACAGCUAAGAUAUAUGUUCCGUCUGAUGCAAAGCCUCGGUUCUUCAAACCUAGACCAAUCUCAUACGCAUUAAAGGAAAAGGUUGAAAAAGAGUUAGAAAGGCUGCAACAAGAAGGUGUUAUUAUUCCAGUUACUUUCUCAGAUUGGGCUACACCCAUAGUACCCAUAGUGAAGCCGGAUGGGAGUGUUCGCCUGUGUGGCGAUUACAAGGUCACGGUGAAUGCUGUUGCCAAGCUAGAGACUUACCCUCUUCCAAAAAUAGAAGAGUUGUUCACGGCACUUUCAGGGGGUACCAUAUUUUCCAAGUUAGAUCUCUCUCAUGCUUAUCAGCAGAUCAUGGUACAUGAAGAUUCCUGCAAGUACACGACCAUCAACACGAGUAAGGGUCUCUUCCAGUACCAGCGACUCCCCUUUGGCAUUGCAUCGGCUCCGGCCAUAUUUCAACGUACCAUGGAGACACUGUUACAUGAUAUAUCGGGAGUAGUGGUGUACAUUGAUGAUAUUUUGGUGUCAGGAAAGGAUGAAACAAGCCACCUCCAGAAUCUAGAUUUGGUCAUGGAGCGACUAGAACAAGCAGGUCUUACCUUGAAGCAAUCAAAGUGUACAUAUGCAGUAUCAUCAGUGGAAUACCUUGGUCAUAUCAUUGACAAGGAUGGUCUCCAUCCAUCACCUUCUAAAGUAGAAGCCAUUCGAUCAGCCCCAGAACCAAGGAAUACUACAGAGUUGAAGUCCUUUCUUGGGUUGUUGAAUUAUUAUUCUAGAUUUCUCCCUAAUUUAGCUAUUGUUCUUUCUCCUCUCUACAGGUUGUUACAAAAGAAAACAAAGUGGUCGUGGUUAGACAUAGAAAAAAAAGCAUUUCAGAAAGCAAAAUCUCUGCUUCAGUCCUCGAAUCUGUUAGUUCAUUAUGAUGGUCGAAAGGAACUGGUAGUCUCAUGCGAUGCAUCCCCAUAUGGACUGGGGGCAGUUCUGGCUCAUAAAAUGCAAGAUGAUUUGGAGAGACCUAUUGCUUUCACCUCAAGGACUCUUUCCCCUCCAGAGAGAAACUACUCGCAAUUAGAAAAAGAAGGACUUGCAGUAAUAUAUGCAGUCAAGAAAUUCCACCAUUAUCUUUCAGGACGCAAGUUCACUAUCUAUUCAGACCACAAACCUCUAAAGUACCUGUUCAGUGAAACACAGCAAACUCCUCGAAUGGCAGCAGCAAGGAUUCAACGAUGGGCUUUGAUACUGGGAUCAUAUCAGUACACUAUACAGUACAGACAAGAUAAAGAUAAAAGCACAGAAAAGGAUGGUAGUGUAUUAUUGCUGCUUAACCACUUAUCCGAAGCUAUUGUGACGUCAUCACAAAUUCGUUCAUGGACAGAGAAAGACCCAGUAUUAUCACAAGUCCUACACUCAAUUCGUCAUGGUUGGAGAUUGAAUGAUUCAAAUAGCAACAGUCUCAAGCCUUAUAUUGAUCGCCAGAACGAACUGAGCUCUGUGGAUGGGUGUGUGUUGUGGGGUUCUCGUGUGGUAAUUCCACCACAAGGACGCUCUAUAGUUCUAAAGCAAUUGCAUAACACUCAUCCUGGGACCAAUCGUAUGAAGGGAUUAGCUCGUUCGUAUGUGUGGUGGCCAGGACUAGACAGAGACAUCACAGAGUUGGUGAAACAUUGCAGCAUAUGUCAAGCUCAUCGUUCAAGCCCGCCUAGAGCUGUUUUACACCCCUGGGAAUGGCCCAAUCGUCCAUGGGCUCGCGUACAUAUUGACCACGCUGGGCCAUUUCAUGGCAAGCAGUUCUUAAUAGUUGUUGAUGCUCAUUCCAAGUGGAUUGAUGUUCAACAAGUAUCAUCAACAUCAGCAGAAGCAACCAUAGAAGCCCUACGAUUUUUAUUUGCUACACAUGGGGUCCCCGAACAGCUGGUUUCAGAUAAUGGCAGUGGUUUCAGGAGCUCUGAAUUUCAAAUGUUCACAUCUCAGAAUGGGAUUAAACACAUUUUCACAUCACCGUACCACCCAGCUUCAAACGGUCUGGCAGAAAGGGCAGUGCAGACCUUUAAAUCAACAGUUACUAAAAUGGAAGGCCCAAUGGAUCAAAGGAUUGCACGAUUUUUACUACAGUAUCGAAUCACACCCCAAACCACUACAGGAUUGUCGCCUUCUCAAUUGUUAAUGGGACGUCAGCUGCGUACUGUCCUCGACUUACUAUAUCCAGAUACAGAACAAACAGUACGAAGUAAGCAGGAGAAGGCCGUGGGAGGUAGAGUCCAUACAAGGCGGUUUAAAAUUGGAGAUUUAGCUUACACUAAAACACCCCAAGAGAAAGUAUGGCUGCCUGUGAAAAUAACUAAAGUUACAGGACCCUUAUCUUAUCAAGUGAUAACAGAAGGAGGGGUGGUAAUGAGACGUCAUAUAGACCAUCUGCGUUCUCGAUUCGAGGAGCAAACAUCUCAUCAUUCUGAUGUUACUGACUGGUCUUUCAUGGGAUCAUCUCAAGAGGUGGAGCAAGAGGAGCAGAGACCUUCAGUACCACCUAGGUCUGGUCCCUUGCGUCGUUCUACUAGGGUUCCACGUCCAGUGGACACAUAUGCUCCGUUAGUUAACACUUAAUGGUGGGGGGAUGUGAUAAUAUGAUUGGCAUUAUUCUUAUUCUCUGUACGAUUAUUAUUAUUAUUAUUAUUAUUAUUAUUAUUAUU